GCUGGAUGGGUGUGGUCGCCACGCCUCAGAUACCACGCCUAUUCAAACACGUGCACGCACAAUGGCGACCAGGAGACUGCCUCCCAAACUCUUCGUCGUUACUCUUCGACGGAGUUUCAUUGGAAGACCUUGGUGGACUCGUGAGACUCUGAAAGGACUUGGUUUCAGGAAAAGGUGGCAGAAGAUCAUUUGUAAGAACACACCCUCUGUGGUGGGGCAAUUAAGAGAGGUGAAGGAUAUGAUAGACGUGAAACCUGUUGUGUUAAGAACUGAUAUCAAAAACUCACCGACUGGUAAAGAAAUAUUACUGGACAAUGGAGAAUUUUUCAUUUCACCAGAGACACUAGAGGAACUGACAAAUGAUGUUAAAUUGAAACUAAACUCGUCUACUUAAGGGAUGGUGAGAUACACAGAAGACAAUAAGCUGAUUUCUUAUCAUAAUGAAGUUACUAUCGAACUUUAUGUAUUCAGAAUUUUUUAUGUAUUCAGAAGAAUAUUAAAAAUUAGAAAUUUCUACAAAACAAUACAUUAUCAUGAGUGUUCUAAGUUUUGUUGUUUCCUACAGUAAA